AUGCCCGAUAUCGACCCCGCGGCCUUGAGCCGUCCGGCGGUCAGCCUAUCGACUCCGACUCUAUCGAAUAAGACUCUGUCCAUCACUGCGCCGGGAUCAGGGAAGCCUGUGAAGACUAGCCAGAUAAUUCCCGCCCGCAUUGACUUGGAGCCGCUGUACGCGGUGCUCAAGGGUGCCAUUGGCGGAGAGCAAUGGCUGAUAUAUAAAGAGUCGACGGCCGAGUUUUUAACCGGACGUCUGAGCCAAACCGAAUACUCGGAGCGAAUAGAUCCCAUCCUCGCAGACAGCACAGGCGAAAAGGAUCAUCUUCAUAACCAGCUCAUCGCUGGCAUACUCGGCAAUGUGACACGAGAGAUGCCCGACCUUGGGCUGGCCCCUUGGGUCAGCGCGAAUGAUAAGCCCAUGCCCGGCGCUGGCAGUAAGCCUGUCACCGGCGAUGCUACGGAACGCAGAUUGAAAGGAGAGGUCAUGCAAUUGCCGCCCCGAGACCGCAGGCGCAUUAAGGACCUUGUCCAUAAUGAUUAUGAUCCUCAGGAGAGUUUAUCAAACCUAUUUACAGACACACACCGCAAAUCAUCAGCAACUGCGGAGGCUGUUCCAAGCACCGCCACUGGAAUCAACAACAUGAACUUUGAUUUGGAAAUUCGAAAACGAUUCGCUCAACCGUUGGCUAUCGAGUCGGGGGAGUUUCCGGAUGUUGGCGUUAUAACUGGACGCAUGUUGCCCUUCUGCUAUGAAGCAGGGCUGCCCAGUGGCCACGUAACAGAGGCUCCGCAACUUGUAACCAUCGCAACAGAGACAUUUAUUAAGGAAGUAUUAACCCAGAUAUUCAGCCGCACACGGAGCAAUGGUGCUGGCGAUUCCGGCAACGCGGGCUACGGCGUUGGCACGACAUGGAUUCAAACACACAAGUAUAAAAAGCAACUUCAUCAAGAGGAAGAGGCAGCCAUUCGUGGGGAAGUAACGCGCGAUAAAUCCGGACUUCUUCCGGUUGAGGCGAAGGCCGCAACUGAACGAGGACCCUUGGGCAUGGCGGAUUUGCGACUGGCGCUUGAAAUGGCAGACUCGGGCAUGUCUCAGUUCCCCAUUCUGACAACGCAAGUCAUCUACGGGUAUCGCGAAGGCGAGCUGGAACAGUGGGACGACUACACGUGGAUCAACGGCGAGCCUCCUGUUAUCGAGGAAAUUCACGAUGGCGAAGAUCCGAAAGCCCUCAUGAACGGACACGCGGACCCAAUGGAUCUAGAUCAGGAAAUCUGGUGGGACGGAGCAGACAACACCGACGUGGACAUGUUGGAUGGGAUGCUGGACUCGUGCCUCGCGGUGGGAUCAUAG